UAUUAACACCACCAGUUCACCUUUUACUAUAAUCCAAAAUGGCUGCGCCCUUAAAUUGUUGAAAAACAAAAAUUCAAAGUGUUGAAAGAAAUGGCUGAUGCCUAUUCAUUUGUUAAAGGCGGGAAGCUAAAAUUAAAAGGUCAUAAAGAUAAAAAACAUAAAAAACACAAGAAAAAGAGAAAGCAUGACGAAAUAGACAAUUCUUCACAAGGCAGUUCACACACAGAUCCUGACAUAGCUGCUCAUGGUGGCUGGUGGAAGGCAAAAAAGUUUGAAGAUAUUACAGGAAAUGUUGCAAUAGAAAUAGGCGAUAGUCGCUAUGUUUCUGCUGUAGAUAAUGGCACAUUUAGGCUUGGAGAGCCAAGGGAUCAAGGUGAUGGCCCAGAAGCAGAGGAAAUAUUGACAGCUGUGCAAGUGUCGGACACAAAAAUUGCUUUGAAGUCCGGAUAUGGGAAAUACUUGACAGUGGAUCCCGACGGAGAUGUGACAGGAAAGGCAGAGGCCAUCGGAAUGAGAGAACAAUGGGAGCCUGUGUUUCAAGAUGGCAAAAUGGCUCUGAAUGGCAGCAAUGGGAAGUUUUUAUCUGCAAACAGAGAUGAUGAAAUAGUUUGUCUCAGUUCCAAAGCUGGAGAGCAAGAAAUAAUACAGAUUCGAUUAAAUACUUCUUUGGAAGUUGAUCCUCUAGAAAAUAUUCCGAAGGAAGAGCGAGGAAAAGUGAAGGAAACUGAAAUCAAUUAUGUGAAAAAAUUCCAAAGCUUUCAAGACAGGAAACUAAAAGUAAGCAAAGAGGAUGUAUCUUCUCUUAAAAAGGCAAAGAAGGAAGGAAUAUUUCAUGAAACUUUAUUAGACAGAAGAGAGAAAAUGAAGGCAGAUAGAUACUGCAAAUAACUUCAGUUCUGCAAAAUCCAGGGCUUUUAUUGACAUGAAUAAUGGUGACAGAAUCCAUUGCUACUACUGAAAAGCUGUUGUACAAUGAAUAAAAAGAAAGGACUUAAUACCACUAACAAUCGUGAAUGUCAGUCAGAAUGCUUAAGGUGUUUAUCAGGAUCAGUAUUACACUUUCAUACAUAAAGAAUAUUGACUUGUGCAUUUACUGGUAUAUUAGAAUUGAUAUCAAGACUUAAGGAAUAGACUGAAAAAUGUUUAAGUGACAAAAAAAAAUACAUGUAUUUAUUUUCGUUUAUAAUGUUUUCCUAGACAUUUAAUGUUUUGGAGAGAACUCUCCAUGAUUUUUAUAAUAAAAGUAUUGAAGCUCAUUA